AUGUCUUCUAUUUAUAAAGCAUUAGCUGGUAAGACCAGUGAUAAGAAAGAGAAAAAAGCCAAUGAAAAACAAUUUAUGAAUAAGCAACGUACACUACUUAUCUCUAGUAGAGGUGUUAAUUUCAGACAUCGUCAUUUGAUUCAAGAUUUAAACAGUUUAUUGCCACACUCUAGAAAGGAACCAAAAUUGGAUACUAAGAAAGAUUUAGGACAAUUAAAUGAAAUUGCAGAAUUAUAUAACUGUAAUAAUAUUUUAUUCUUUGAAGCUAGAAAGCAUCAAGAUUUGUACCUAUGGUUAUCUAAACCUCCUAAUGGUCCAACUAUUAAAUUUUAUGUUCAAAAUUUACAUACUAUGGAUGAAUUAAAUUUUACAGGUAAUUGUCUAAAGGGAUCUCGUCCAGUAUUAUCCUUCGAUCAUAGAUUUGAAACUUCUCCACAAUAUAAAUUAAUUAAAGAACUUUUAAUUCAAAAUUUUGGUGUGCCACCAAAUGCAAGAAAAUCUAAACCAUUUGUAGAUCAUGUUAUGUCCUUUAGUAUCGUCGAUGACAAAAUUUGGGUUAGAACUUAUGAAAUUUCAAAUGCCGCUAGAAAUAAAACUGAAUAUGAAGAAGAAGAGGAGGAAGAUCUAUCCUUGAUUGAAAUUGGUCCAAGAUUCGUUAUGACAACAAUUUUAAUCUUAGAAGGUUCUUUUGGUGGUCCAAAGAUUUAUGAAAAUAAACAAUAUGUUUCACCAAAUGUAGUUAGAGCACAACAGAAGCAACAAGCUGCUGAAGAAGCUAAAGCUAGAUCAGAAGCUGCUGUUGAAAGAAAGAUAAGAAGGAGAGAAAAUGUUUUAGCUGCCGACCCAUUAAGUAAUGAUGUUGUCUUCAAAUAA